GCAAUUUUUGCAAAUAAAGUGUACUUUUAAAUUGCAGUGAAAGAGAAAAGGCGAUUUGUUACGCAGAACUUUUUAACAUCGCGCUGCUUCUUUGUGCGCUUGCUCGGAAGUGAGAGGAGGGCUUUUCCCGUAGGACUUGCUUUGGUGAAAAGAUGUUUUUUGUAUGAGAACUCUCUGAACUUGUCCCAGAGAAUAACAUCGAGCCCAGACCUGUAAGUACUGUACCCUCCCAAGCUGAACCAUGGCCUUCGUGCCCACACCUAGCCCCACUGUGGUGGAUCAGACCACACUGAUGAAGAAAUACCUGCAGUUUGUGGCAGCGCUCACAGACAACAACACACCUGAUGAAACCAAGUUGAAGAUGAUGCAAGAAGUCAGUGAAAAUUUUGAAAAUGUAACAUCUUCGCCGCAGUAUUCCACCUUUCUGGAACACAUCAUUCCUCGUUUCCUCACCUUUCUGCAGGAUGGAGAGGUUCAGUUUCUGCAAGAAAAACCGGCCCAGCAACUGAGAAAGCUGGUCCUUGAAAUCAUUCAUCGAAUUCCAACCAAUGAACACCUCCGACCACACACCAAAAACAUUCUGUCUGUGAUGUUCCGCUUUUUAGAGAUCGAGAAUGAGGAGAAUGUUCUCAUUUGCCUGAGGGUCAUCAUUGAACUGCACAAACAGUUCAGGCCACAGAUCACACAGGAGAUUCAUCAUUUCUUGGACUUUGUGAAGCAGAUCUACAAGGAGUUGCCCAAAGUGGUGACCCGGUACUUUGAGAACCCGCAGGUUGUCCCUGACAACACGGUGCCGUCACCGGAGAUGGUGGGUAUGAUCACAUCCGUUGUGGUGAAGACGAAUCCUGAGCGAGAGGACAGCGAGACCCGCACACACACAAUCAUUCCCAGAGGUUCCCUCUCCCUGAAGGUUCUGGCUGAGCUGCCCAUCAUUGUCGUGCUGAUGUACCAGCUGUACAAACUUAAUAUUCACAACGUGGUUGCAGAGUUUGUGCCUUUGAUCAUGAACACCAUCAUGCUUCAAGUGUCUCCUCAGGCAAGGCAACAUAAGCUGUACAACAAAGAACUCUAUGCAGAUUUCAUUGCAGCUCAGAUCAAAACCCUUUCCUUCUUGGCCUAUAUUAUCAGAAUAUAUCAGGACUUGGUGGCCAAGUACUCCCAGCAGAUGGUGAAGGGGAUGCUGCAGCUGCUGUCGAACUGCCCCUCGGAGACGGCACACCUGCGCAAAGAGCUCCUCAUCGCGGCCAAGCACAUCCUCACCACUGACCUGCGCAGCCAAUUCAUUCCAUGCAUGGAUAAGCUGUUUGAUGAGUCCAUACUAAUAGGCUCUGGAUACACGGCCCGUGAGACACUAAGACCUCUGGCCUACAGCACCCUGGCUGACCUGGUGCACCACGUGCGUCAGAACUUGCCCCUGAACGACCUGUCCUUGGCGGUGCAGCUCUUUGCCAAGAACAUCGAUGACGAGUCCCUGCCCAGCAGCAUCCAGACCAUGUCCUGCAAGCUGCUGCUCAACCUGGUGGACUGCAUCCGCUCCAAGAGCGAGCAGGAGAACGGCAACGGCCGGGACAUCCUCAUGAGGAUGCUGGAGGUGUUUGUGCUUAAGUUUCACACCAUUGCACGCUACCAGCUGAUCACCAUCUUUAAGAAGUGUAAGCUGCAGUCUGAGCUGGGUGUGGUGGAUGUUGGAGCCCUGCCUGUGGUCCCCGCCACCCCCACCACUCCUGCUCCUCUGCCCCCGCACGUACCCCCCGCACCAGUCACCCCGGCUCCCCCCACCUCUUCCUUCGAUAAGCAGACGGACAAGGAGGACAAGCAGACCUUCCAGGUGUCAGACUGUCGCAGCUUGGUCAAGACCCUGGUGUGUGGAGUCAAGACCAUCACCUGGGGCAUCACCUCCUGCAAAGCCCCUGGAGAAGCUCAGUUCAUCCCUAACAAACAGCUGCAGCCGAAAGAAACUCAGAUCUACAUCAAGCUUGUCAAAUACGCCAUGCAGGCCUUGGAUAUUUACCAGGUGCAGAUUGCUGGGAACGGGCAGACAUACAUUCGCGUAGCAAACUGCCAGACGGUGCGGAUGAAGGAGGAGAAGGAGGUCCUGGAGCACUUCGCUGGGGUCUUCACCAUGAUGAACCCCCUCACCUUCAAGGAGAUCUUCCAGACUACUGUGCCCUACAUGGUUGACAGAAUCUCCAAGAACUAUGCACUACAGAUUGUUGCAAACUCCUUCCUGGCGAACCCGUCCACCUCUGCUCUGUUCGCUACGAUCCUGGUGGAGUACCUGCUGGAGAGGCUGCCUGAGAUGGGCUCCAACGUGGAACUCUCCAACCUCUACCUCAAGCUCUUCAAGCUGGUCUUCGGCUCUGUCUCCCUCUUCGCUGCAGAGAACGAGCAGAUGCUCAAGCCUCAUUUGCACAAGAUUGUGAACAGCUCGAUGGAGCUGGCCCAGUCUGCCAAGGAGCCCUACAACUACUUCCUGCUGCUCAGGGCUCUCUUCAGGUCCAUUGGGGGCGGUAGCCAUGACCUGCUUUACCAGGAGUUCCUGCCGCUGCUGCCAAACUUGUUGCAAGGCCUGAACAUGCUGCAGAGCGGCCUGCACAAGCAGCACAUGAAGGACCUGUUUGUGGAGCUGUGCCUGACAGUCCCAGUUCGGCUCAGCUCCCUGCUGCCCUACCUGCCCAUGCUGAUGGACCCACUGGUGUCGGCCCUCAAUGGCUCCCAGACGCUGGUGAGCCAGGGCCUUCGCACCCUGGAGCUGUGCGUGGACAACCUGCAGCCGGACUUCCUCUAUGACCACAUCCAGCCUGUCCGCGCUGAGCUCAUGCAGGCCCUGUGGCGCACUCUCCGGAACCCGGCAGACACCAUCUCCCAUGUGGCGUACCGCGUGCUGGGCAAGUUUGGCGGCAGCAACCGCAAGAUGCUGAAGGAGUCUCAGAAGCUGCAGUUCGUGGUGACAGAAGUACCUGGCCCCAGUAUCACCACCGAGUUCUCAGACUGCAAGGCCUCCAUUCAGCUCCCUAUGGAGAAGGCUAUUGAAACAGCUCUGGACUGUCUGAAAAGUGCCAACACAGAGCCGUAUUACCGCAGACAGGCCUGGGAGGUCAUCAAGUGCUUCCUGGUGGCCAUGAUGAGCCUGGAUGACAACAAGCAUGCCCUAUACCAGCUGCUGGCUCACCCCAAUUUCUCAGAGAAAUGGAUCCCCAGUGUUAUCAUUUCACACCGGUAUAAAGCCCAGGACACCCCUGCCCGCAAGACGUUCGAGCAGGCCUUGACGGGAGCCUUCAUGUCGGCCGUCAUUAAAGACCUCCGGCCCAGCGCCCUCCCCUUCGUGGCCAGCCUCAUCCGCCACUAUACGAUGGUGGCUGUGGCACAGCAGUGUGGCCCCUUCCUGCUGCAGUGCUACCAGCUUGGCAGCCAGCCCAGCACAGCCAUGUUCCACAGCGAGGACAACGGCUCCAAGGGCAUGGACCCUCUGGUCCUGAUCGACGCCAUCGCCAUCUGCAUGGCCUACGAGGAGAAGGAGCUGUGCAAGAUCGGAGAAGUGGCACUGGCAGUCAUCUUUGACGUGGCCAGCAUCAUCCUGGGUUCCAAGGAGAGGGCCUGCCAGUUGCCACUCUUCUCCUACAUCGUGGAGCGUCUGUGUGCCUGUUGCUAUGAACAGGCCUGGUAUGCCAAGCUGGGUGGCGUAGUGUCCAUCAAGUUUCUGAUGGAACGGCUGCCCCUGAUCUGGGUCCUCCAGAACCAGCAGACCUUCCUCAAGGCGUUGCUGUUUGUCAUGAUGGACCUCACAGGAGAGGUGUCGAACGGGGCGGUGGCCAUGGCGAAGACCACUCUGGAGCAGCUCCUUGUGCGCUGUGCUACGCCGCUCAAGGACGAAGAGAAAUCGGAGGAGCUGCUGGCCGCACAGGAGAAGUCUUUCCACCAUGUCACCCACGACCUGGUGCGUGAGGUCACCUCUCCCAACUCCACUGUCCGUAAGCAAGCCAUGCACUCCCUGCAGGUCCUCGCGCAGGUUACGGGCAAGAGUGUCACGGUCAUCAUGGAGCCCCACAAAGAGGUGUUGCAGGACAUGGUUCCACCAAAGAAGCACCUUCUCCGUCACCAGCCAGCCAAUGCCCAGAUCGGGCUGAUGGAGGGCAACACCUUCUGCACAACUCUGCAGCCCCGGCUCUUCACCAUGGACCUCAACGUGGUAGAACACAAGGUCUUCUACACAGAGCUGCUGAACCUGUGUGAAGCGGAGGAUACUGCUCUGGUGAAGUUGCCAUGCUAUAAGAGCCUGCCGUCCCUAGUGCCUCUGCGCAUCGCUGCUCUGAAUGCUCUGGCCGCCUGUAAUUAUCUGCCUCAGUCCAGAGAGAAAAUCAUUGCAGCUCUCUUCAAGGCUCUUAACUCCACCAAUAAUGAACUACAGGAGGCCGGGGAAGCCUGCAUGAGGAAGUUUCUGGAAGGGGCGACGAUCGAGGUGGAUCAGAUCCACACUCACAUGCGCCCCCUGCUGAUGAUGCUGGGUGAUUACCGCAGUCUGACUCUCAAUGUUGUAAACCGCCUCACCUCUGUCACGCGGCUGUUCCCCAAUUCCUUCAAUGACAAGUUCUGCGACCAGAUGAUGCAACACCUGCGGAAAUGGAUGGAAGUGGUGGUGAUCAAUCACAAAGGAGGGCAGAGAAGCGACGGAAGUCCUGCUGUAGAAGGCGGUGUGGAGGAAAUGAAAAUUUGCUCAGCGAUUAUUAAUCUGUUCCACUUGAUACCAGCGGCCCCGCAGACAUUGGUCAAGCCUCUGUUAGAGGUGGUGAUGAAAACGGAGAGGGCCAUGCUUAUAGAGGCUGGAAGCCCUUUCAGGGAGCCGCUGAUUAAGUUCCUGACUCGUCACCCGUCACAGACAGUGGAGCUGUUCAUGAUGGAAGCCACCCUGAAUGACCCCCAGUGGAGCAGGAUGUUCAUGAGCUUUCUGAAGCACAAGGACGCCAAACCCCUGCGGGAUGUCCUGGCCUCAAACCCCAAUCGCUUUGUGACCCUGCUGCUACCGGCCGGUCCUCAAGCAGCAGCCCGGCCCGGCUCCCCCUCCACCAGCACCAGCACCAUGCGGCUCGACCUGCAGUUCCAAGCAAUCAAGAUCAUCAGCAUCAUUGUGAAGAACGACGAGGCGUGGCUGGCAGGGCAACACUCUCUGGUCGGCCAGCUGAGGCGCGUCUGGGUGAGCGAAGCCUUCCAAGAGCGCCACAGCAAAGACAACAUGGCUGCCACCAACUGGAAAGAGCCCAAGCUGCUUGCUUAUUGCCUGCUCAGCUACUGCAAGCGCAACUAUGGAGAGACUGAGCUGCUGUUCCAGCUGCUGCAAGCUUUCACAGGACGUUUCCUAUGCAACAUGACCUUCCUGAAGGAGUACAUGGAGGAGGAGAUCCCCAAGAACUAUGGCAUCGUCCACAAGAGGGCUCUGUUCUUUCGCUUCGUCGAGAUCAAUGACCCGAACUUCGGGGACGAGCUGAAAGCCAAGGUACUGCAGCACAUCCUGAACCCAGCCUUCCUGCACAGCUUCGAGAAGGGGGAGGGGGAGCAGCUACUCGGACCUCCCAAUCCAGAGGGGGACAAUCCUGAUAGCAUCACCAGCGUCUUCAUCACCAAGGUGCUGGACCCAGAAAAGCAGAAUGACCUGCUGGACUCUCUGCGGAUCUACCUGCUCCAGUUUGCCACGCUGCUGGUGGAGCACGCCCCCCACCACAUCCAUGACAACAACAAGAGCCGCAACAGCAAGCUGCGCCGCCUCAUGACCUUUGCUUGGCCGUGCCUGCUGUCCAAGGCCUGCGUGGACCCAGCUUGCAAGUACAGCGGCCACCUGCUGCUGGCACACAUCAUUGCCAAGUUCGCCAUCCACAAAAAGAUCGUCCUGCAGGUCUUCCAUAGCCUGCUGAAGGCUCACACCAUGGAAGCCAGAGCCAUAGUCAGGCAGGCCAUGGCUAUCCUCACCCCGGCCGUCCCAGCCCGCAUGGAGGACGGUCACCAGAUGCUGACGCACUGGACACGCAAGAUCAUCGUGGAGGAGGGCCACACGGUCCCUCAGCUGGUCCAUAUACUACACCUCAUAGUACAGCAUUUCAGGGUUUACUAUCCGGUGAGGCAUCAUUUGGUGCAGCACAUGGUCAGCGCCAUGCAGAGACUGGGGUUCACUCCCAGCGUCACCAUCGAGCAGAGGAAGCUAGCCGUGGACCUGGCGGAGGUGGUCAUUAAGUGGGAGCUGCAGAGAAUCAAAGAGCAGCUGCCCGAGUCGGAGGGUGAUCUUGGUGGAAGCGGGGAGGGAACGAGUGCCGCUACCGGGGCGAUGAAGAGGGGGCUUUCCAUGGACUCUGGACAGGACGUGAAGCGAUUCCGCACUGCUACAGGAGCCGUGAGCACGGUUUUUGCGCGCAGUCCGUUGGUGCCUGGUGCUGACGCCCUGCUCACCAAGCCAGUGGAGAAGCAGCACACUGACACGGUGGUCAGUUUUCUCAUCAGGAUAGCUUGCCAGGUAAAUGACAGCGCCAACACAGCAGGUUCCCCCGGAGAGCUCCUCUCUCGCCGCUGUGUCUCCCUCAUGAAGACUGCCCUGCGCCCCGACAUGUGGCCCAAAUCAGAGCUCAAGCUGCAGUGGUUCGACAAGCUGCUCAUGACUGUGGAACAACCGAACCAGGCAAACUUUGCAAACAUCUGCACGGGCCUGGAGGUGCUGAGCUUCCUGCUCACAGUGCUGCAGUCCCCUGCCAUCCUGUCGCAUUUCAAACCGCUGCAGCGCGGGAUCGCAGCCUGCAUGACCUGCGGCAACACCAAGGUGCUGAGAGCCGUGCACACCCUGCUGUCUCGCCUGAUGAGCAUCUUCCCCACUGAGCCCAGCACUUCGAACGUGGCCUCUAAAUAUGAAGAGCUGGAAUGCCUCUAUGCUGCAGUUGGGAAGGUUAUAUAUGAAGGUCUCACAAACUAUGAGAAAGCCACUACUGCUAAUUCUACUCAGCUCUUUGGUACCUUGAUGAUCCUGAAGUCUGCCUGCAGCAACAACCCAAGCUACAUUGACCGCCUCAUCUCUGUGUUCAUGCGCUCGCUUCAGAAGAUGGUGCGGGACCACCUGAACCCGCAGGCCACUCCUGGGACGGUCGAGCCCAACACAGUGACUAGCGAGCUAGUGAUGCUGAGCCUGGACCUGGUGAAGACGAGGCUGGCCGUCAUGAGCAUGGAGAUGAGGAAGAACUUCGUCCAGGUCAUCCUCACCUCGCUCAUCGAGAAGUCGCCCGAUGCCAAAAUCCUGAGGGCUGUGGUGAAGAUCGUGGAGGAGUGGGUCAAGAACAACUCCCCCAUGGCUGUCAACCAGAUGCCGAAUCUAAGGGAAAAGUCCAUUCUGCUGGUGAAAAUGAUGACCUACAUUGAAAAGCGCUUUCCAGAAGACCUUGAAUUAAAUGCCCAGUUCUUAGACCUCGUUAACUAUGUCUACAGGGAUGAGAACCUGUCUGGCAGUGAUAUCACCUCCAAGCUGGAGCCUGCCUUCCUGUCCGGGCUGCGCUGCUCCCAACCCCUCAUCCGCGCAAAAUUCUUUGACGUCUUCGACGGCUCCAUCAAAAGGCGAGUCUACGAGAGGCUUCUCUAUGUUACCUGCAGCCAGAACUGGGAGGCAAUGGGCAACCACUUUUGGAUAAAACAGUGCAUCGAGUUGCUCCUUGCUGUGUGUGAGCGUGGCACCACCAUUGGGACAAACUGUCAGGGGGCCAUGCUGCCGUCAAUCACUAAUGUCAUUAACCUGGCUGACAGUCACGACCGAGCUGCCUUCGCCAUGGUAACACACGUCAAACAGGAGCCGCGGGAGAGGGAGAACAGCGAGACCAAAGAGGAGGAUGUGGAGAUUGACAUUGAGCUGGCUCCAGGAGACCAGACCAGCACUCCCAAAACCAAGGAGCAGGCGGAGAAAGAUGCUGGGAACCAGCUGCACAUGCUGACCAACAGGCAUGAUAAGUUUCUGGAUUCUCUCAGAGAAGUGAAGACAGGAGCUCUGCUCAACGCAUUUGUCCAGUUGUGUCAUAUUUCCACUCCGCUAGCAGAAAAGACCUGGGUCCAGCUUUUCCCCAGACUUUGGAAAAUCCAGUCUGAUCGACAGCAGCAUGCACUGUCCGGUGAGAUCAGUCCGUUCCUGUGCAGCGGCAGUCACCAGGUGCAGAGGGACUGCCAGCCCAGUGCUCUCAACUGCUUCGUGGAGGCCAUGUCCCAGUGCAUCCCACCGAUCCCCAUUCGGCCCUGUGUGCUCAAGUACCUGGGGAAGACCCACAACCUGUGGUUCCGCUCCACACUCAUGCUGGAACACCAGGCCUUCGAGAAGGGGCUCAGCCUGCAGAUCAAACCCAAGCAGUCCACAGAGUUCUACGAGCAGGAGAGCAUCACGCCGCCGCAGCAGGAGAUUUUGGACUCCCUGGCUGAACUCUACUCGCUCCUGCAAGAGGAGGACAUGUGGGCAGGGCUGUGGCAGAAGCGUUGCAAGUUCCCCGAGACUGCCACAGCCAUCGCGUAUGAGCAGCAUGGCUUCUUCGAACAGGCACAAGAAAGCUAUGAGAAGGCAAUGGAGAAAGCUCGGAAAGAACACGAAAGGAACCACGCCUCUCCUGCCAUCUUCCCAGAGUACCAGCUGUGGGAGGAUCACUGGGUGCGGUGUUCAAAGGAGCUGAACCAAUGGGAGCCCCUGACGGAGUAUGGUCAGUCUAAAGGGCACACCAACCCCUACCUGGUGCUGGAGUGUGCGUGGAGAGUCUCCAACUGGGCAGCAAUGAAAGAGGCCUUGGUGCAGGUGGAGCUAAGCUGCCUCAAAGAGAUGGCCUGGAAAGUGAACAUGUACCGGGGCUACCUGGCUAUCUGCCACCCCGAGGAACAGCAGCUGAACUUCAUCGAGCGGCUGGUGGAGAUGGCGAGCAACCUGGUCAUCUGGGAGUGGAGGAGACUGCCUCACAUCGUGUCUCACGUGCACACCCCCCUGCUGCAGGCUGCUCAGCAAAUCAUUGAGCUCCAGGAAGCUGCACAGAUCAAUGCUGGCUUGCAGCCUGCCAGCCUGGGCAGGAACACCAGCCUCCACGACAUGAAGACCGUGGUGAAGACCUGGAGGAACAGACUGCCCAUCGUGUCGGAUGACCUGUCCCACUGGAGCAGCAUCUUCAUGUGGAGGCAGCACCACUACCAAGCCAUCGUGACGGCCUAUGAGGACAGCUCACAGCACGACCCGAACUCCAACAACGCCAUGCUGGGGGUGCACGCCUCGGCCUCCGCCAUCAUCCAAUAUGGGAAGAUCGGUCGCAAGCAGGGGCUGGUCAACGUGGCUCUGGACAUCCUGAGCCGCAUCCACACCAUCCCCACGGUGCCCAUCGUCGACUGCUUCCAGAAGAUCCGCCAGCAGGUCAAGUGCUACCUGCAGCUGGCCGGAGUCAUGGGCAAGAACGAGUGCAUGCAGGGCCUGGAGGUCAUCGAAUCCACAAAUCUCAAGUAUUUCACCAAGGAGAUGACAGCUGAGUCAAAGAUGCCAUACCUGCAGCAAGAGCAGCUGCUGAGCUCAGCAGCACUGCGCAGGACCGAGAAACUCGCUUUGGUUGUGGUUACUUGCAAGCCCAACCACAAAAAAAAAAAAAAAAAUUGUACUGUAUUUUCCAUAUGUGGUUUUUGCUUUGCAAGCCUCUUUUUAGCCCCUGUGCUCCCUGUCUGUUCCAGGUCUGAAGAGGCGAACAAGGCAUUCUCUGCGGCGGUGCAGAUGCACGACGUGCUUGUGAAGGCCUGGGCUAUGUGGGGCGAUUACCUGGAGAACAUCUUUGUGAAGGACCGGCAGCUCCACCUCGGCGUCUCCGCUAUUACCUGCUACCUGCACGCCUGCCGUCACCAGAACGAGAGCAAGUCUCGCAAAUACCUGGCCAAGGUCUUGUGGCUGCUCAGCUUCGAUGAUAAGAAUACCCUGGCUGAUGCUGUCGACAAAUACUGCAUUGGAGUGCCACCUAUCCAGUGGCUGGCAUGGAUCCCACAGCUGCUCACCUGCCUGGUUGGAUCAGAGGGCAAGCCACUCCUGAACCUCAUCAGUCAGGUUGGACGUGUGUACCCUCAGGCCGUCUACUUUCCCAUCCGGACCCUGUACCUGACACUGAAGAUCGAGCAGAGGGAGCGGUACAAAAGCGACUCCGGCCAGCAGCAGCAGCAGCAGCAGCAGCAGCAGCAGCAGCAGCAGCAGCCGCCCAGCUUGGUCGGCGCCCAGUCCCACUCUGCCUCAGACCCAGGGCCAAUUCGCGCGACGGCGCCCAUGUGGCGAUGCAGCCGGAUCAUGCACAUGCAGCGGGAGCUUCACCCCACCCUGCUCUCCUCGCUGGAGGGCAUUGUGGACCAGAUGGUGUGGUUCAGAGAGAACUGGCACGAGGAGGUGCUGCGUCAGCUGCAGCAGGGCCUGGCUAAGUGCUACUCGGUGGCCUUUGAGAAGAGCGGCGCCGUGUCGGACGCCAAGAUCACGCCGCACACGCUCAACUUCGUCAAGAAGCUGGUGAGCACCUUCGGCGUGGGUCUGGAGAACGUCUCCAACGUGUCCACCAUGUUCUCCAGCGCUGCCUCGGAGUCGCUGGCACGCCGGGCACAGGCCACCGCUCAGGACCCUGUCUUCCAGAAGAUGAAGGGCCAGUUCACCACAGACUUUGACUUCAGCGUGCCGGGCUCCAUGAAGUUGCACAACCUCAUCUCCAAGCUGAAGAAGUGGAUCAAGAUCCUGGAGGCCAAGACCAAGCAGCUGCCCAAAUUCUUCCUGAUCGAGGAGAAGUGCCGCUUCCUGAGCAACUUCUCUGCCCAGACCGCAGAGGUGGAGAUCCCCGGGGAAUUUCUCAUGCCGAAGCCUACACACUACUACAUUAAGAUCGCCAGGUUCAUGCCGAGAGUGGAGAUCGUUCAGAAGCACAACACAGCCGCUCGCAGGCUCUACAUCCGAGGCCACAACGGGAAGAUCUACCCGUACCUGGUAAUGAACGACGCCUGCCUGACGGAGUCCCGUCGAGAAGAGCGAGUCCUGCAGCUCCUACGGCUGCUCAACCCCUGUCUGGAGAAGAGGAAGGAGACCACCAAGAGGCACCUCUUCUUCACAGUGCCCCGCGUUGUUGCAGUCUCUCCUCAGAUGCGACUCGUUGAGGACAACCCUUCCUCGCUGUCCUUGGUCGAAAUCUACAAGCAGCGCUGCGCCAAGAAAGGCAUCGAGCAUGACAACCCCAUCUCGCGCUACUACGACAGGCUGGCUACAGUCCAAGCCCGGAGCACGCAGGCCAGCCACCAGGUUCUGCGGGACAUCCUGAAGGAGGUGCAGGGGAACAUGGUACCACGCAGCAUGCUGAAGGAAUGGGCGCUGCACACCUUCCCCAACGCCACGGAUUACUGGACCUUCCGCAAGAUGUUCACCAUCCAGCUGGCGCUCAUCGGACUAGCUGAGUUUGUGCUGCACUUGAACCGGCUCAACCCGGAGAUGCUGCAGAUUGCCCAGGACACUGGCAAGCUCAAUGUUGCGUAUUUCCGAUUUGACAUCAAUGACGCCACUGGGGACCUGGAUGCCAACCGCCCUGUUCCAUUCCGCUUGACGCCCAACAUCUCUGAAUUCCUGACCCCCAUCGGAGUGUCAGGCCCUCUCACAGCCUCCAUGAUUGCCGUUGCUCGCUGCUUUGCUCAGCCCAACUUCAAGGUUGAUGGCAUUCUGAAGGCCGUGCUGCGUGAUGAAAUAAUUGCCUGGCACAAGAAGACUCAGGAGGACACCUCCAUGCCACUCUCAGCUGCUGGGCAGCCCGAGAACAUGGACAGUCAGCAGCUUGUGUCCCUGGUCCAGAAAGCUGUCAGUGCCAUCAUGGCCCGGCUUCACAACCUGUCCCAGUUUGAGGGGGGCGAGAGCAAAGUGAACACACUGGUGGCAGCAGCCAACAGCCUGGACAACCUUUGUCGAAUGGACCCUGCCUGGCACCCGUGGUUGUAAACCAUGUUAGGAUUGAAUUCUUAAGAGCUGUGUCAGCCUGCUAACACUCGGAUCACGUUUUUAAGACUUUCUGCUCCUAAUAGAAACCCGAAUUUCGGGUUGAGAAUGGGCACACCGAAUUCUGUCGUCUUUUAGUUUUAUAGUUCUUACUGAAACAAUUGAGAUUUGUACUUGUGGUCCAGUAGUCCUCGGCAACUUCAAUGGUAAGCAAAGUACAUGCAUAUGCAAGUUAAGUGGUUUAUCUUUUGUAAAAAAAAAAUAAAUAAAUAAAAUCAAUCAGUAUUUAUAGCAAUUUGUUUAUAUCACUGCCCCUUAUAGGUCUGCCAAAUGAGCACCCUCUGCUGGGAGAAGCGAAAAUAGAACCGUCUGCUGCCCUUUGCUCUGUUGUGCAAACAUUUCUUUAGUGGUGUUUUCUACUUUUUACCUUUCACGCUGUAGCGAUUGUAGAGCUUUUGUUGGUUUCUUACAGCUGAUUCACCUUGCUGGAUUAUCAUAGGUGCAGUGUGCUGCGUGGAAUAAAAUUCUCUGAGCAACAGAACACUUAACAUUACAAUGAGGGACCAAACACUCACAGCACUCUGUUGCAGGACGAGCUAUUACGUCAACACAUUGCAAUCAGCUCUAACAAUCCAGCACACUGAGUAAGCCUUAAUCCCCUGUCCUGGGAAUGAGUUGUAAGAAUAAAAUCAUUACGAAUUGUAAGUACACAUCAAAAUACAGCAAAGGAGAACAUUUACAUUAAGCAAUGUAGUUAGUUUCCCAGUAUUGUAUUACUUAAUACAUGUGUUCCAAGAGUCUUGCAUAUGAAUUGGAGGAAUAUGUUCAAGGUUAUUAGGAAAUCUCAUGUAAAUAUACUACGAAAGAAACAAAAACAUAUUGUACUUUUAUCUAGUGAUGAGAGAAAGGAUGUGUAAAUGUAUACUUUGUUACCUUGCGUUUUAAUACGGACCAUUCUUGUCAGUGCAUUCUAUUGCUCCUCUUGAGACACAAUUCUCUUGGAGCCAUGUGUAUAUUUUUAAUGAAGAUGAUUUGCACCAGAUUCGAGACUUUCAAGCCCCAAGGUGUAUUAAGCUCAGAGUGUGGGUGGAAUGGUCAUUCAGAGGGAGAUGCAGCAUAUACAUAAAGCACACUAUAAUAUUUUUGUACCUUGAAGCUUUAUAAGAAGUACUUAUUAAAUUAAGCUUUGUUUACAAGGUUUUUUAUUUUAUUUUUUUAUUUCCAGCAUGUAUAUAUGGGAGUUUAUUACUUGUAUGAAUUCCUGGUUGAGGCUGUAUCUGAUUUAAAAUGAGCUAGUAUCUAUUCACAUGCUGUUAUAUCUUUUUUUUUGUUUGUUUUUGUAACUUAUUUUAUCAAUUUUCUUUACAAUUAUUUUGUACAGGUGCAUUUUUAGAAUUAAAAUGCUGUUUUGUUACAUUGUCUGUCUGUCUGUCUGUCUGUUUGUUUUUGUUUGCUUUCCUGGCUUCAUUCUUACAACUUCCAGACUUUUAAAGACACCAAUACCAGCCUACUGUACAGUACAUCAAUGCCACCUGCUGGACAUUUAAGAUAAUGUAAUUAAUUUUCUGAAAUAUAUAACUCUAAAGGACUACGCUGUCAUUUUUUGCAGUUUGCUACUCCUAGUUCAUGAAACUGGAGAGGUCUCUCCAGCUCUGGUUCCCCGCAUCUCACAAAAAGGCAAAAGUAGUGCCAACAAUAAACUGCCUUAGACUCACUUGGGAUAAUAGUUUGUGAGCUUACAUGAAGUAGAACCUGGUGGAGAAGCAGUUAGAGCAGUUCCUUUAGUUUUGCUUUAACCUUUCUAGUCUGCCCCUCGUGCUUAUGGUUACUGUUUAAUGUGACAUGCUUUGUUAAUGUAUAGCAAACUGGUACAUGUGUAUUUAUCAAAAGGGCCCUCCCAAAACAUUUAAGAGGCUGACAACUUUUAACAGCCAGUCCUGUGCAUGGCCACUGUUAAGUAUGAGCUAUAUUGCCGUGAGUUAUAGGAAAUUUCAUCGGUGCUUCCCAGCUCAUAAAGCACUGGAGAAUGUGUUUCUAUACACCUUUACUGUUGUUUUUGUUACAGUUAUUCACUUUUAUAGCUUUCUUUGUCUGUUUAUUGCUGGGCACCUAAAGAGUGCAGGGAAUGUCACUGUUUUCACUCUAGCUUUUCAAAAUCAAAAAUAUUCUUCUGUGCUUAUACCCAGUAAAGCAGUUACAUAUAUAAUAUGUAGGCCUUCUGUAGGCUACAGGGUGAUGGCCCUUGAAUUCUGUUGCUCCUCAUUUGGGUUUAAGAAGAAUUGCAAACUUGCCUGCUGACUUGAUAGUUGCCUUGAUAGUUAAUUCUAGAUUUGAGCUGCAGUGUGACAUGGAAGGGAUAUAUAAAAAAUAA